AUGCGUCCUAAGAUCCCCCACCACCUCUCCCUCAACCGCGUCAAGAGCUCCUCUGGCUCCAACUCCGCCAACAUCAAUUCCUCCGCCCCUUCGACACCACCUGCAACUGCCAACUCCCACAGCCGUAGCGGAAGCCCCACUCGAGGCGCGCCAGGCAACAUGUCCAAUGCACAGAAGUCGCCGGGGGAAUUGAGGGGGGAUCACAAGGGCAUGGGUCUACUGUUGACCGUUCAGGUCGUCAGAGGCCGCGGUCUGGCUGCCAAGGACAAGUCUGGCUUCUCCGACCCAUUCCUGGUCCUCACUCUGAGCGACGCAAAAGAGGCCACCAGCGUCGUAAAUAAGACAUUGAACCCGGAGUGGAACCAGACAUUCGAGUUUCCCAUCACCUCGCCCGAUUCAGCUCUGCUGGAAGCAACAUGCUGGGACAAGGACCGUUUCAAGAAGGACUACAUGGGCGAGUUCGACGUCGUCCUGGAAGAGGUGUUCGCCAAUGGUCAUGUCACACCCGAGCCAAAAUGGUUCAGGUUAGAGAGCAGACGGAGUGGGCGGAAGAAGAAGAAAGACUCCAACGUUUCUGGCGAGGUCAUGCUCAGAUUCUCCCUCACCGAUCCUCUCAACACAGCAGCUACACCGACUCAGAUCCUUCAGAAGUUUGCGGGCCUUGUAUCCGAGCCUGGCGAAGACGACGACAAUGAUGACGAAGAGGCCAUGUUGAACAGAGUCGGUAGCUACGGCUUGGACGACGUCGACGAAGAGGAGGAUGAUGAGAAAGAGCCUUCGGAUGAGACAGAUGAUGGCAACCGGACGCCGGCUGGUACAACAGGCGACAAGCAGAAAGACAGGCGACGCCGCAAGUUGAGACGUCUAAGGCGGAAGAAGAAGCUUUCGUCUUAUGAAUUUGGCGCCAUGUCCGACGUUGCUGGAGUCCUGUUCCUGGAGAUCAACCGUAUCACGGAUCUACCGCCAGAGAGGAACUUCACCAAGACGACCUACGAUAUGGAUCCCUUCGUCGUAACUUCGCUGGGCAAAAAGACGUACCGGACUCGCGUUGUCAAUCACAAUCUCAAUCCUGUCUACGAUGAGAAGCUCGUGUUCCAGGUCCAGAAGAACGAGCAAAACUUUAGCCUCUACUUCGCCGUUGUAGACCGCGACAAGUUCUCAGGUAAUGACUUUGUGGGCACCGCCAACUUUCCGCUGGAGAAGAUCCGGGCCUAUGCCCCGGAGGCUGAUCCUGAGACUGGUCUGUACAGACUUCCCGAUCCUGACAGCGUAGGCGAAGGCGAGGCGAGAAAGAAGCGAUUCCGAAAUCCUCUGUCUAGGAACUCGAGUUCAAACAAUCUUGGAAAGCUCAGUCGAAGCAACAACGGAUCCCAAACAAACCUUAGCAAGCUGAACAAGUCCACCAGCAAUAGCAAUCUGCAGAGCGGGAAUUCACGCCCUUCACUGACACCAGGUCUCUCGGAUAACUCACUGGCGGACCGUACACGACCAACGGCCACGAGCAUGCCGAGCGCAGCAAGUUUGUCCGGCAUGCCUACUCAGGAGGACACAGACGCUUUAAACCCCAGUGACGAAGCUGGCCUGAAAUCAUUCGAGCUUCCGCUAGAGUUGAAGAACAAGCAACGCUGGGAAGACAAACACAACCCAGUGUUGUACCUUCGAGCGAAGUACUUACCUUACCGAGCUUUGCGGCAACAGUUCUGGCGCGUACUUUUGCGGCAGUACGAUGCGGAUGACAGCGGCAAGAUUGACAAGAUCGAACUCGUUACAAUGCUCGACACGCUUGGUAGCACGCUCCACAACAGCACCAUUGAUGGAUUCUUCCGCAGAUGGCGUGACGUGAAUGGCGAAGAUGUGCUGACCAUGGGUCAAGCCGUGAUCUGUCUUGAGGAGCAGUUGAUGAAAACUCAAGACGUGCAUCACGACAUUCCGAAUCCGUUUAACAAACUGCGCAAGGAUAAUCCCGAGACCUCAACUGCUGGCCUCACCACAGUGCAGAACAGCUCACCGGAGUCGAGUCCGGCUAACGGCACUCCUUAUCUCAAGAGCUCGCAAGGGCCAUCCAACAUGCAACCCGGAAACGCUGCGAUACCAGCCCUGGAAGUCAGCGAUCUCGGAGAGGCUGGUGAGGAGGGCAAUUACUUGCAGGACGACCUAGGGGUUGAAGAGCUUGGCGAUGACUCCGAGAGCAAAGAGGAACAUGUUGUCGAGAUUCAUGAGUGUCCCAUCUGCCAUCAGCCAAGACUGUCAAGGGGCCGGAAGACGACUGACGCAGAUAUCAUUACGCACAUCGCAACAUGUGCAAGCAGCGACUGGCGAGCCGUCAACAACAUCGUCAUGGCUGGAUUCGUCACCAGCUCACAAGCCCAGCGAAAGUGGUACUCCAAGGUGAUCACCAAGGUAAGAGAGGAAGUCGGAAACGCGUGCUGUACCCCAGGACUGAAUUUACGGUCUAGGUGUCAUACGGCGGUUACCGCCUCGGCGCAAACAGUGCCAACAUUCUUGUCCAAGACAGGAUGACCGGUAUGAUCAACGAAGAACGUAUGAGUGUCUACGUUCGCCUUGGGAUUCGACUGCUCUACAAAGGCCUCAAAAGUAGGGAAAUGGAGAAGAAAAGGGGUAUGCAGUGCUUCCUCCCGAACAUACUGACACGGCUUCAGUCGACUCUCAACCUCGUCCGAGAGUUAUACGCUCAGGUCGAGCCUGCCCAUUCCCUUUCGUUCCCCUACGCACUUCGCCGUUCCGUGUUUCUGGCGGAUCUUUGAAGCUAACGAUUUGUGUAGCUCGAAAGCUGCUUCGCUCCAUGUCAUUCAAGCAAGGGCGCAAGUUCGACGACCCUGCAUCCGCUUCGCAGAUUCCUGGCUUUAUCAAUUUCCAUCAACUGGACAUGAGUGAGGUUCUGUUGUCCGCUGAUCAGUUUAAGACUUUCAACGAGUUCUUUUACCGCAAACUCAAGCCCGAUGCUCGACCUUGCUCGGCGCCGAACGAUCCCAACAUCGUAGUCAGUCCCGCCGACUGUCGAUCCGUUGUCUUCAAUCGCCUCGAAGAUGCGCAACGUAUAUGGGUCAAAGGACGAGAGUUCAGCGUCGAGCGUCUGCUUGGGGAUGCCUAUUCUCAGGACGCAAAGCGAUACAAGAAUGGAGCGCUUGGUAUUUUCAGACUUGCGCCGCAGGACUACCACCGUUUCCACAUUCCGGUAGAUGGAGUCAUGGGCGAGCCGAAACUGAUCGACGGUGAGUACUAUACGGUCAAUCCAAUGGCCAUUCGCAGUGCGCUGGACGUGUACGGCGAGAACAUUCGAGUAUGCGUACCAAUCGACUCGGUAUGUCACGGACGAGUAAUGGUCAUCUGCGUUGGAGCAAUGAUGGUCGGCUCCACCGUCAUUACCCGCAGUAAGGGGGACAAGGUGAAGAGGGCAGAAGAGUUGGGGUACUUCAAAUUUGGAGGCUCAACCCUCCUCCUACUAUUCGAGCCCGGGGUCAUGAAGUUCGACGAAGACUUGAUCACGAAUAGCGCGAGCGCAUUGGAAACCUUGGUAUGUUGCAGAAGAGUCUUAAGGCCAUAUGUGACGCUGAUCAGUUUAGAUCCGCGUUGGUAUGUCUAUUGGACGUACUACCGGCCACGCCGCGCACACGCCCGAUAUGCAGAAACAGAACCCAACCGAGGAAGAGAAGACCGAGGCAAAGGUAAGUUCAACAUCAACUUUGCCCGUGUCCAUUCCCAGCUUGGUGAAUGCAUGCUUACACACUAUCUCAGAGGAAAAUUGAAGGCAGUUUUGCUCCCGGCACUAACGCUGGAAUCGUGAUGUGA